GCCGGGCAGAGAAGAGCCAGAGCGGUGAGCUCAGCUAGCGCGGCGGUGGCGGCGGGAUCUGCGGAGCUUCUGGACGCGAGCGAGGCCGAGCAGCCAGCCCCGGCCCGAGCCCGAGCCCCCCGAGCCCCCCGAGCGCCCCCGAGCCCCUCGCCUCCAGUGUCCGCCCGUGCGUCCGGCCGCGCCGCGCCCAGCGAGCCCAGCCAGUCCGGCCCGCCCCGACACAGUCCCCGCCGCCGCAGCAGCAGCCAUGGGGGUGGAGGGCUGCACCAAGUGCAUCAAAUACCUGCUCUUCGUCUUCAAUUUCGUCUUCUGGCUGGCAGGAGGCGUGAUCCUCGGGGUGGCUCUUUGGCUCCGCCAUGACUCGCAGACCACCAGCAUCCUCUACCUGAAUCUUGAUGACAAACCAGCUCCCAGCACCUUCUACGUGGGCAUCUACAUCCUGAUCGCCGUAGGUGCCGUGAUGAUGUUCGUGGGCUUCCUCGGCUGCUACGGAGCCAUCCAGGAGUCCCAGUGCCUGCUGGGGACGUUCUUCACCUGCCUGGUGAUCCUGUUUGCCUGUGAGGUGGCUGCUGGCAUCUGGGGCUUUGUCAACCGGGACCAGAUCGCCAAGGACGUGAAGCAGUUCUAUGACCAGGCUCUGCAGAAGUCCGUCCUGGAAGACAACGCCAGCAAUGCCAAGACUGUGGUGAAGUCUUUCCAUGAGACGCUGGGCUGCUGUGGCUCCAAUGUGUUAACCACCUUCAUUACGGCCGCCUCCAGAAGUGAGCUGUGCCCUAGCGGAAGCAACAUCCUUAUCACCCCCUUUAAGGCCGACUGUCACCAGAAGAUCGAUGAUCUCUUCUCGGGGAAGCUCUAUCUGAUCGGCAUUGCUGCCAUUGUGGUGGCCGUCAUCAUGAUUUUUGAGAUGAUUCUCAGCAUGGUCCUGUGCUGCGGCAUUCGGAAUAGCUCCGUGUACUGAGGCCGUGGCCUGAGGUGUGGGCAGGCAGGAGAGGAGGGGGAGCCCCCAGACGUGCCAGGAGCUGGCUGAAGAGAAAUCCAGAGAAUUAUGUAUAGAAAUGUUUCUGAUAUUACCGCACAGUACUUAUUAGCAUUUUUACUUUGGAGGGUUGGGGGUGGUAUUUUUGAAAUAAAGGGGCUGCCGGAAGCCUUUCUGGCCUCUGGCUACAUGGGGGUCUUAUGGAGCCAGGACCCAGGAGGGCUCUCCAGGCUGGCGGAGGCGUCUGGAGGGAGGCCCCAGCUCAGGGUCUCCACUUCCUUGGCAUGGCAGGAGGGGGAAGGAGAGAGCCCCAGGCUGCAUGCAGGACCCUGGCCCCAAGCACCCAGCAGCCGCCGCCUUUUGUUUUAACCAAUCUGCAUUAUUUUUUCCCAUAUCUACUUUCUUGAGCAACAUUCCUGCCGUUCCCACACUUUCUGGCCUUGUGUGUCUGACUCUGGCCCCUUAGACUGUAACUAGGCUGUCCAAGACAGGCCCAAACCAGCUCAUUUCAAUAAAAGGAAAGAAAAGUAGGAGUGGCGUGAACACUUCCCUGGGAGCUCUGCUUGGCAGGCGGCCCCCUGGGGCUGGGCGGGUGUGGGAGAGAGGCCUGGGCUGCCUGUGGGGGCCCCGCCCAGGGAGGGAGGCAGCCCCAGCCUCAGGAAGGAGUGAUACCUCCCUGCCCCCAGAAAUGGGGCUGCAGUGAGGGUCCUCCCUCCCUCCCUAGCAGUUUGCACUGCCAAUGGCCAAGGUGGCCUACGGCCCCAGAAGCCCACUUUGACCCAUCCUUCUCGCCCCACAACCAGCUCUCCUGCCCAGGGCUUCCCCCACUGCCCUGGGAUGUGCAGAGGGGAGGCCCCGGCAGGGUGAGCAGCCCUGGAAAGCCUUAACGGAACACUGCCCAGAACAUCCUCCUUUUGGGGGGAGGGGGCAGAGCCCCCCAGGCCUGCCUCCUGGCAGGUGCUCCCUGCGUCUCCUGUCCUGCACUAAGCAUGCAUGUCUACCAUAUGUGUGUUUAUAUAGAUGUUGUGUGUACUCAGCGUGUUCUGGGCCCUGUCUUUCCCAGCCUUGAUAUAGGGGGUCUGUGGGCAGCGGCUGGGCCUCCAGGUUCCGUGUUUAUGUUCUGUGGGGAGCUGUGGAAGGGGGCAGGGCUGGGCCAAGAGGGGUCAAACGGGACAGGGUAGAGGAGAGGCCUUGGAUCUCUGCAUUUCAGCCUUCUCUCUCCUUGUCUCCUCCUGAGUAUUUGCCCAGCUCCCGAGGCCAGGCUCCUGGAUGGCCUAGCAGAGACCUGGCCUGGGCCCCAGUGGGCAGAUAGCAGUCCUGAUGCCUUCCUCGGUCCUGGGCUCCUCCAGGCAGGACAAGAACCCGCCCCCCCCCCAGCCAGAGCCCUCAGGCCUCUUGCAAGAGGGCACAGGAGCCUGGUGCCCAGGCAGGGAGGCAGGAGAAGGGUCCUCUGGCCCUCAGAAAGCUUGGCCCUCUAGCUCCCCCGAGUCCCAAGGUUGGCUCUGUCCAGACUCCAGCUCUGUGUGUGUGCUUCACACUGGCCUUCAGUGAUGACUGCCCCAUAGCUGUCCUCCCUUGACUUGCUGGGCUCAGACUGUCCCCGGGUGGCCCUGUCAGACUAGGUCUGUAGGGUAAGGGCCAGGGUGUCCCAGCCCACUCAGCCUGCCCAGCCCAGGUAGGGGAAGAGCCCCCUGGCCCCUCCAGGCAGGAGGGAGUGACAGGAACAGUUUGUUCCCUGUUCCCAUCACUGUUGCCUCUGCCCCUGGGAGGUGGGGAGGGGGUGUCUGUGAUGGACAGAGAAUGGGGGGGGCGGAGAGGAUGGGGAACCUUGAUAACCCUUGAGCCCAACCACCUCCAAGCUUUGCCCCGGGCCUCUGGGCCCUGCCCCAUCUGGGGGAGGGGGACAGCAUGGCUUGAGAGUCCCCGCCCCCUUUGCUCCUCUUCUUGCUGUCUGCCUGUUUACCCCACAUGUAUUCAAUAAAGCAAGUGCUCUCCUUGGUGAA